AAUCUCAUUAAACCCGAGUCUCCAAAGGAAAACCUUGCCACACCACACUAUGGUCUCCUCGUCCCUCUUCGCCGCCGGGCGCCGCCUGCUCCGCCUCGGCAUCGGCAGGCUCCCCCGCGGCCACGCCCAUUCCCACGAACCCACCCCUCGUGUCCUCCAUCUGCGCGCCGCGUCCUCUUCGCGCAGUAACAGUGCUGAGAGUAGGCCGGCGCGGCCGCCGAGCCUGCAGUCCACACUGUGGCCGCUGGGCCACCCGAGCACGCUCCUGGUGCCGGAGAUCGAGCGGUGGGCGGACAAGCCAGGUAACCGCCUCCGCCCCGUCGAGCUCGAGCGCAUCGUCAAGGAGCUCCGCAAGCGCCGCCGCCACCGCCAGGCCCUGGAGGUCUCCGAGUGGAUGAGUGCUAAGGGGCUUGUCAAAUUCUUACCAAAGGAUCAUGCUGUUCACCUGGAUUUGAUUGGUCAAGUUCAUGGAGUCGGAGCAGCAGAGGCCUACUUCAAUAAACUGGCUGAUAAAGAUAAGACAGAGAAACCCUAUGGUGCACUUCUGAACUGCUACACGCGAGAACUCCUGGUCGAUAAAUCAUUGGCUCAUUUUCAGAAGAUGAAAGAACUGGGAUUUGUGUUUAGCAGUCUCCCCUACAACAACCUCAUGGGCCUCUAUACAAACCUAGGACAGCAUGAGAAGGUCCCUUCAGUGAUAGCAGAGAUGAAAAGCAACGGUAUCGUGCCUGACAACUUCAGCUACAGAAUAUGCAUAAACUCUUAUGGUGCACGGGCAGAUUUUUUUGGGAUGGAGAACACCUUGGAAGAGAUGGAGUGUGAGCCUCAAAUUGUUGUUGACUGGAACACCUAUGCUGUCCUGGCGAACAACUACAUUAAGGGCAACCUGAGGGACAAGGCAAUAUCUGCCUUACAGAAAGCAGAAGCAAAAAUUGACAUAAAAGAUUCUGAUACCUAUAACCACUUGAUGUCCCUCUAUGGCCAACUGGGGGACAAGUCAGAGGUGAAGAGGCUGUGGGCGCUCCAGAUGUCAAACUGCAAGCGGCAUAUCAAUAAGGACUACACUACAAUGCUUGCAAUGCUUUUGAAGCUUGAUGAAAUUGAAGAAGCUGAAGCCUUGUUGAAAGAGUGGGAGUCGAGCGAAAACGCGUUUGAUUUCCAUGUCCCAAAUGUCUUGCUCACUGGAUACCGCCAGAAGGACUUGCUGGACAAGGCUGAGGCACUGCUCGAUGACUUCUUGAAGAAGGGAAAGAUGCCUACUUCAACAAGCUGGGCCAUCGUAGCAAUUGGUUAUGCGGAGAAAGGUGAUGUUGCGAAAGCCUAUGAGCUAACAAAGAACGCCCUUUGCGUUUACGCGCCGAAUAGUGGUUGGAUUCCGAGACCUGCUAUGAUAGAGAUGAUACUCAAAUAUCUUGGCGACGAGUGCAAUCUCAAGGAUGUUGAAACCUUCGUUCAUCUCCUGCAAGCUGCUGUUCCUAUGAACUCAGAUAUGACCGACGCCUUGGCAAGGGCUCGUAUGAGAGAAGAAAAGAAGGUCGAAGAUACAGGGAAAGAAUCUCUCGGUUCAUCAAAGGCAUCAGGAUAAUGUUGCUCGAACUCAUCAUUAUUAGUGAAUGGAGCUUUAGCGCCAAGUUGUGGUAAUUGUACUGUGCUAUCUUAGUUAGCUGCCGGAAUUUUGUUAACUAGAUUAAGAUUACCUGCAUCUAGAAAAUGCUAUAAACCAACUGUCUCGCACAGAAACAGGAAGGAAAUUUCUUGAUUGUAGUCAUCACUCAGAUUUGCAUCGUUACAAAAUAGCCUGCUAACGAGACGGAUGUAUUGAACCAAGCGGCAUUGCAAGCAUUGUAGUGUAGUCCUUAUUGAUAUGGACUAUAUACCUCAAGAGUGGUGUUUUCAGCA